UUACGAGUACAAGGACGUGAGCACUGGAAGAGUCGGGAACUAUUUCGACCUCGUUCUUCCCGAUGGCUCCAUUGGAUUUAGCUACAGGAAAGCCCACUUGGUUCCAUUGGUAUGGAACUCCAGGGGAUCCCAUUCUUCCUGUCAUCAAGACCGAGCUCGGCCGGAUUGGAGGAGCUAUUUGUUACGAUUUCGAGUUCCCAGACCUGAUGCGCCAGGCCGGGAAAAAGAGGAUUGAUAUCAACCGCGACUUGGGGAGCAAGCAGUCCCCGGGCGAAAGAGGCCGAUGCUUUCCGUGUCGUGGAGAAUGGCUUCAGUUGGUUUCGAUGCUCCACGGGAGGCGUUUCAGCGGUUGUAGAUCCAUCUCUCCAGACAUUCGAUUACAGGUGUGACAGUUUUGAUCAAUCAAAGCUCUCUAAUGUUCUUCUGUUUCUUUGGCAGGGAAGGUAUCUCCGACUCGG